AUGGUGCGACGCGAACUCAUUGUUCAGCGAUCAGUUGAUGAGAAUCAAUUAAAUUCUGUUUGUGAUGUUUUACCCUUACUGAGUGAGGUUGGCCUCAUGAAGACUGUAACCUCAAUUUGCCCCUACUCGAAGCUGCUGACCUACAAGUUUUACUGUAAUCUGAAUGAAGAAAUUGACAACCUUACGGGGACCCAGUGCAUGCAGAUUUUCAUCAGAGGAAAGUGGUACAUUUUCGGUGAUCCUGACACCUUGUCAAGCUCGGUGUUCACCUCUAAGUAUGUUAUCCUACACCGUAUUGCGCUGCACAAUUGGCUUCCAUCUGCACACUUUCAUACUGUCGGCAAGCAACUGGCUGCGCUUCUGUUCAGAAUCGGCACCAAGAUGAGCAUUGAUCUGGGAAAAUGGAUAUUCUAUCAUAUUCUCAUCCUCAUUCAUCUAAGGGAACAGAAGGUAACACUGCCUUAUCCAAAUCUCAUUUAUGGCAUUCUGACAUCGCAGGGCUUGGUACCUAUGUCAAGCGAGAUUAUCACUCCAUCUCUGCUCUAUACUGUUGAUCCGCGACUAUUGAUUGGCAAGUAUAUCCGGGAUGUUACACCAGUUCUUGCUCCAUCAUCAUCUGAAGCUUGUCCUAAUGUUGAAGACUUGCCACAUGCUAGAGAUGUGCAGCUAUCCCUCUGUCUGAAGGCUCGUGUGUCUGAGCUUGAAACCGUGAAUGGCAUUAUCACGAAUCAACUAAAUGCAACCCGUACUGAACUUGCGACUAUUCUGCUUCGUCUGAGCUUGACUGAGUCUGCUGCUGCUGAGAAUGUGAUGUCUGACAGUGAAGGUCCGAAUGCUUAA